GCUGGCAGGAUGGGGACUGCAGCAGUGUCUCCUGCACCCAGAGUGUCUUGCUGUGUUUUGGGGCUCACCACUGCAGGCUGAAGUCAUCAAAAAGAGACUGAAAUCCUAGAGAGGGACAACUUGCAAAAAGCAGAGCUCUCCACUACUGUAGAUGGGGCGCUGGAUAUGCUGCCUUUGCUCCAGAGCUGCAGACCCAUUGAUGCUGCUCCUGGUUUUGGCUCUGGGCUGUGACCCUUCCACAGCAGCAGCAGCUUCUCCGCCUGUGCCCCACGUCAAACCCAACUACAGUUUUGGCCGGACUUUCCUGGGACUUGAUAAAUGCAACGCCUGCAUUGGGACAUCCAUAUGCAAGAAGUUCUUUAAAGAGGAGAUAAGGUUUGACACCUGGCUUUCUUCUCAUUUAAAGCUGCCCCCCAGCUCCCUGCUCAGCUACUCGGGCAACUACACGGACGAUGCCAAGAGCUGGCGGCUGGUGGACAUCACCCGGCUGACCUCCAAGUACCAGCACGACCGGGCGGACAAGCGCAUCUGCACCUCCCUGCUCAGGACCAAGAGCUGCAGCCUGGAGCGCGCCCUGCGCCGCACCCAGCGCUUCCAGAAGUGGCUGCGGGCCAAGCGCCUCACGCCCGACCUGGUCCAGGGCCUGCCCAGCCCCAUGCUGCGCUGCCCAUCCCAGCGCCUCCUGGACAGGAUCGUGCGGCGCUACGCCGAGGUGCCGGACGCCGGCAGCAUCUACAUGGAUCACCUCACAGACCGGGACAAGCUGCGCCUGCUGUACACCCUGGCAGUGAACUCACACCCCAUCCUCCUACAGAUCUUCCCCGACGUGGAGGGCUGGCCCUUCCCGCGGUACCUGGGCUCCUGCGGGCGCCUGGUGGUCAGCGCCAGCACCCGGCCCCUGCGCGACUUCUUCGGCGCCGCGCCCGAGGUGGCCGCAGACCUGGCCCUGCAGCUCCUGGCCGUGCUGCGCUCCAUGGCCACCAACGACCUCAACUACUUCUUCUACUUCACCCACGUGGACGCUGGCACCUUCGGCGUGUUCAGCAACGGGCAUCUGUUCAUCCGGGAUGCCAGCACGCUGGGCAUCAUCGACAAGGAGGAAGGGAGCCAGCUGAUCGAUGGCCAGCAGGAGUAUAAAGAUAUCUUCAGCUGCCUGACUGUGGACUGCCAGGCUGCCUUUGUGUCCUGUGACUCCAUCAGGGAGAAGCACAGCCUCGUCAUGGUGUGUCAAGACCUCCUGCCGAAGCUGCUGAUGGGGAAGUUCCUGCCCCCCGUGCAGGAGAGGAUCCACGCCUUCCUGGAGCACUGCGCCCGCGGCCUCGGCGACGACCGCGGUGCCAGCGAGGCCAUGGAGGAGCUGGCAGAGAUCCUGAAACCUCUGCGCUCCUGCGACUCCCGCUUCGCCUACCGCUACCCUGACUGCAGAUACAGUGACAAAUACUGACACUGGAGCUGCCCCUGCUGGCACUGGGGCAGUGUCAGCCCCGUCCCAGCGCGGGAAGUGAGAAGGAACCAGGGUGGCUGGAAAGAGCUGCCCCAAAUCUGGGGCGUUCUCGGUGUAAGAGAGAGCAGAGUGCACGUGGGAUUUAUUGUUCGCCUCCCAGAGAUGCAUUUGUUACAUGGGAUAUAGACAGAUGUAUGGUUUAGACAUGGUUUCUGGAUUAUUAACAUUGUCAUGACUGACAGGGGGCCACAGGAUUAAUAAAUCUCAUUCACGUGUUUUGGCCUUGGAAGAGUUUCCCAUGCCAUUUGUUGAAAAGCAAGGCAGGAUGCUCACAACCAGCUAGACAGUGGAUCUUUAUUGCCAAGAAACUCUUUCUGAUGGAGAUGAUAUAUAAAUAAUAUGGGAUGGAUGGAUGGAUGGAUGGAUGGAUGGAUGGAUGGAUGGAUGGAUGGAUGGAUGCAUUUAAGAGUUUCCCUGUGGCUAUUUUUAAUGUGCUAAGAAUCAUAGAUAAACUGAACGACCAGAUCAGUUCUGUACCAUCACCCAUCACAUCUUGCUUUUAUAAAAUAUUUUGACUUUAUUACUUUGACGGAACACAGAACAGAAAGACACAAUCAAAAGCAUUAAAAAGCUAAAGGUU